UCAGUCUGGCACUAGCAGCAGCUUGGUUCGGUAGUAGUGUAUUUGUGUAUACUUAUCGUCGCUGCUUGUGUUUAGUCCGCGUUGGCUUUUGCAAGUUGCUCCCCUUUCUUUUUUUUUUUUCUUAUCGUGUUCUGCAAAAUGGAGCUGCAAGUGAAACUUAAUUGAUCGCUGAAUCGGUGUUUUUUCGGUUGAUUUGUUCUUUUGUGAGUUUAUUUUCGGGUUUUCUAAUUGCAAAGUAAUAAAUAAUUAGUGCCGCGUUCAGCCAAUCAGCUGCGAUCAGCGAAAAACGAGCGCAGAUUACGGAUCACCGCUGCUAAUAAUAUCCGAACUCUCGACGGCGCAAGAGAGGAGCCAAGUUGUAAACGGGGCAAAUGGCAACAAAGCCCAAAGUGCAAAUAAAGAGGAAGAAAUAGUGAAUAAACCAACGGAUGCGGACGGUCGAAAGUGGAGUUCGAUCACCUUCUUCACCGUACCGGCAAAGAUUCCGCGAUACCCUGUGGCCGUCUGAGUGUGUUUCAUUCGCUCGAAACCUACCGACUGGAUCGGAGUGUGCUCGGUGUUGUAUCGAAGUGUCCAAGUGUAAGGCCGAAGAGUUGAAUUAAGUUUUGGCGCUUGAUAAGCCCACCAGGUGUAAGUGAAGAAAUAGAAGAUAAUUUUUGAAUAGAUGAUCUAUUGUUUAAAUUGUGCUUAAGUGCUUAAGUAAAGCGAUAUGAGUUUAGUGCAUGUCAGUGAAAUAGUAGAACGAAAUAUUCUACCCAUUUGUGUGUGGUCAUAGUUGCAGCGGGCGGUGAUUGCAAGUAACAAUUGUUUCGCAGCAAACAGCCGAGUCUGCCUGCCAGUUACAGCUCAAGCAGCUGUGUACAGUAUAAUAGCAGUAUAAGGGUCGAAUGAACGAUGGAACCGCGCGUCAGCGGAGGAGCACUUUUUCGAGAGAUCCAUAAAAACACCUGGCUUCGGCGGUUAAAUGUCGACGGGAAACGACCAUCUGUGCUUGCGAAGAAAACGGAUCGUUACUGGGUUGUAUUCUGUGUCCACGAUGACUGCGAGGCGUUCCUGGAAGGUUACGUCGAUCCACGGCAAGCACCGUCCCACAACCCAGAAUGGUCUCUCUCGCUGCAGGCAGUCCAGCACAUUUCCCAUGCGCUCGUUCCGGUGGAACAGGAGUUCGAAUUUGUGAUAACACUGGGAAACGAUGUGGCGCGCUUUAACGCCAACACCUGGGAUUGCAUGCAAGAGUGGGUGGAAUCGUUACGAUCCAAACUUCGUGAGAUGAAGCUACUUUCGCCCAAGGAGAAUCUCUACUCCAAGCUACCUGAAGUGAAACCUUCGUUGGCACCGACGCGAGAUCCUACAUCACCACUGCCGGCUACGCCUCCGGUUCCCGCUGCCAUAGUACCUGGAAUUGAACGCGUUCAGCCACAUUCGUUGCAACUGCACUCCUCUCAGCAACCAGGAAUCAGUAGCACACCAUCAACCUCAUCACAAACCAUUAUUCCUUCGACAACUGCUGCCGCAUGUUCCUCAUCUGUCAGUCCCGUUCCAGGCACUUCCCCUCCCCAAGCACCACCGAUUACUGCCAUGUCCAAUACGUCGACUCAGAAUCUCAUGAACCUGCUCGUUAAUCCUCUACAAGCCGUAAGCAGCAUAAACAAUCAACAUAUCAGCAGUCAGCACCUUUUCGAUGCCAUAUCACUUGCAUCCGAUCUAUCCGACAGUAGCGUAGAUGAUUACUCAAAGGAUCUCAUCAAACAGUUCAUACUCAAUGGCAGUCCGCUACCAUCACCAGCACCCACCACAGGGCCAGGCGGAUCUACCAUGGCUGUUCCGUCUAGUAGCAGUUCUACCAAUGCGGCAAGACUUCCAAAAUUUUCGAACGAAAAUGGAUUACAUCCACAGAAUGGAUUGAUAGCGAGUGGAUCAUCUUCUCUGGCUACAACCUUCGUGAAUAAUGUACUGGCCGACCCCGGAACCACAUCACUGAAACGAACCGACCAGAAAGUCCUGGUCGACGUGAAGGCGGAUGACUUCCCCAAUUGUCUCGAAAGCGGAAGUGAUGAAGAUGCUGACGCCAGCAACAGCUCCGGGUCCAGUUCCAGCCGAAGUAGCACCGCCAGUAACAGCAGCAACAGCAGUAACAGUAGCACAGAUGCCUCUGAGGGAAAUGGCAAUGAAUCAUCGUUAUUAUCAUCGCCUUCCCAAUCCUUUGCCGAUCCAAUCACGCCUUCAGCAUCGUUUAGCAGCAGUUCAAGGCUACCGCAUCGCAAUGGGCUGAAAAAAACUCGCCGGAAAUCUGCCCAGAAGGCAGACCCGGCUGCUAACGUUACGAUUAUCGAAGUUUCCAACGGAACCAGCGCAAAUUGCUCACCGGCGAAGUUGAUUCUUUCACCCAGUGCAAAACGUCGUUCGCCGAAAACGGAGCAGAUUAAUAAAAUUAGUACCAGCACACUGAUCACCGAUGAUCUUACCGAUGAUAAUUACAAGAGCAACGUGCAGAUCAUUCCGUCCAAUAUUGAGUAUGAUCAUCACUAUCAUCCUCAUCAUCUACAGAAUCAAGAGCCUUCCAUUAUUGCGUCGAUCAACGACCGACAGAUUACGACCGUCAAGGUACCUAAUCUCAUCAAUAACACAAGUAGUAUCGCAAAUGUAACUAUUAGCGCAGCCACCGUUUCAUCUGCUCCGUCUAACGCUAUUGCAACUAUAGCUACUUCAUCGACUCCGAUAAAAUCUGACAGUAACUUCGGCACUGUCACACAAAUCGCAGUUAACUUAUGUGAUAGACCCGCAACUCCACCACAGCAGCAGCACUACGAACAGGUGUUCCUAUUAUCAACGCCUUUCCAAGUGGUCAGUAAUGUCGAUCAACCUACUAGCCUGCAAUCGACCCCUCCAGUGUCUGCUGGCAGCUCAGCUGCGAACAAAUUUAGCAAGAGUAAGGUCAUGCUACUUAGCAAGCAGCAACGUUCAUCUAGUCAUUCCGAAAUCCAGGUUAAUCGGGUUAAAAAUCUACGGAAUGGUCAGGGUAAUAAGGAGAACCAGGGCGAAAGUAGUUCUGUCAAUAGUCAUUCAAGUGUACCUGGACCGAAACCGGAGAUUCUACCAUCGACCAGCAGUCCAGUAGUACCUCCUACAAACUUAAGCCCAUCGAAAAGGCCAGCAGUAGAUAAAAACAUCUACACUCCACAACCACAGCGUCCCAUGCUCCAGCGUGGACUUACAGAAAUGGUUAUUAGUAGAUCAACUAAUGCAGUCGUUGCUGGCGGUCGAGAAAAUUUAUCCCGGGGGCGUAAGGUAGCUGUGGCUGUGAAUCAAUCUGCCGACAAAUUUCGAAACGAAGUAAAUGAACAACGUCGUAGAAGCUCAUCCACUUCCGAUGCACAACCCGAAUCAUCGGGAAAUCCUGUAAUGAGAGCUCGACUGAAUGGGGUAUCGCGGUUGCAAUCUCCUCCCCAACCGUUUCGACCGCACCAUCAGUUCAUCAACCAGCAUGAUUCGCUGAAUGGAUCUAAUCGAAAAAUGACCCUCCGAGAACAACAGGUCAUGCAACUUCGCCGAGAGAUGAUGCACCCCGGUGGGGUGCGAUUGCAGCUGAGGCGAAAGGAUUGCAUCAAUUCCAUCGGGCUGAUUGAUGCUUUCGGUGCCGUGUGGGUUGCCGGUUGGAAACAAAAAGAACACCCGGUGUUGUAUAAUGCGUUGCACAUUGGUGAUCAGUUUAUUUCCGUGGCCGGAAUGACGAUUACGAGUGCUGCCGAAGCACACAAAGCGAUUCGUGGUGCACCGGGACUGUUCGUGGAACUUAUUAUCCGAAGAGUACCAUUCGGGCGGGUGUAUGCUAUUCGGCGGGAACUGGAUGGUCAAUGUUUAGGUUUGAUUCGAGACGGGAAUACUGCGACGAUUGUGGACGUUGUACCGAAUAGUCUUGCCGCAAGACAUGGGCUUCCUCCUAAGACUCAAUCAUGCGAUGGACUGUCGCUUACCUUUUGGGUCCUCACGGAAAUAAACGGCCGCCCGUUGAAUUUAUUCUUCAAAGAUAAUGAAAUUCGCGAUCGUCUGAACGCCGUCGGAAGGGACAUAUCAAUAUUGGUUCAACCAGCGGACUUGGUCACCAAACUGAAGAAACAGUUGAAAUCGUUACGCGGCCACAAAGACUUUAUUGUGCAAUAGAGCAAAUACAAGUGGUAUUUACGUACGGUACUUUGCAUCUCGUUGCUAUAGGGUGCUGAAAAAAUAUGGAAUCGAUGUUCAAGUGCGAUCAAUGUGUGUGAUAUAAUCCCCGUCAGGGUAGAACUUUGUUUUGUUUAGUGAAACUUAUAUGUAACAAUUUCAUGAACCCCCCAAAAGUAUUUGAAAUGCAGUAAUUUCAUUAAUUCCAAAAGUAAACUGGCAUAGAGAACCUUUAGGCAUACUAACCAAUUUAAAAUACAAAUCAAAGAAACUCGAAAGGCUGUACUAGUAAACGGUGAAUAUAUACAUAGAUAUAGGAUAAUAGCAAGCAACUUUUGGAAUGGAUUAAUUCUUUGUAAGGUGAGUCAAAAAUUGUCUACUUCUUUUAGGAUCUACAUCUAUUAGUGCAUUCAUAGAGGUAAAUUUAUACAUGAAUAUAUAUCACUAAUGAUAUUCAAAAUUGAAAGAGAACACUACGUACUACUGAAAUCAAUUUGGCAGCAAUUAAUCAUAUACAAAACAUAGAGCUGGUAAUAUUUUUAUACUAGAUUGUUUUUAAUAUUGAUACGAGAAACCGAUUAACAAGACAGCUUGAUUGACUAAACAAACGAUAAAAGCUGCAAUUAUAGGUGAUACAAUUUCCCUAGUGUAAUUUCUUCGCAGUACUAUAAUCAAAUCUAGUUGAAACUUUUCACAAUCAAAUCUAUUAAUGGAAUUAUACCUAUUAA